AUGUCGCUGCGAUUCCUCACAAGGAGGCGUGAUCGUGAUCGCGAACGAUCCGACUCUUCGACUUCAGCUUCUUACGACAAGAGCCCCGCCUCAACACGUGUCGUUCUACCGCCCUCCGACUCGUUCUUCAAUAAGGGCAAAGCUGCUCUCGCCCCCUCGGAAGUCCAGAUCAUCAGCUGGCAUCCUCUGGAUCUCCAGGCUUCUGGCCGGGAGGUGCAUAUAUCGACCAGAGCGGAGACUGCAGCUGUCUCUUCAGCGACACCGGUUCAUCAUGCUUUCACGGCGUGGCCUUCCUCCUCCAAGCCGACCUCCGCCAACAAGAGUGGGAACGCCGACGAAAUUGCCAAUACUCAUAGUCGCGGUAGCGACGUCGGCCACACGUUCUUUAGCGCAAGGCAUCCUCCAGCACAUCGUAGCUACGACUCGAAGAGCUCGAAUCGUAUUCGCCCUAAAACAGCACCUCGCAGCCAGAUUGAACCAACGUGGCCAGAUCCAACAUUCUCGGAUCUCGCAAUUGGAAGUCCUCGAGCUCCCUCAGCAACAGACACCCCAAGAAGCGAAGACGUCGAAGAGUUGAACAGUUCGCUUGGUGCUCUGCCUCCCCUCGAUCAGCCGGCACCAACGCGAUCAACUUUGCCCAUUCGGCUCACGUCGAAAGCACGCCGUGCAAAGUCGCGCUCCCAUCACACUCACUCUUCCUACACCAGCGCACACGACGAUGACCUCAACACGCACGAUCUGCCUACAUCCUCGUUUACAGGAGCGCCAUCUUCCUUGCCUUCAGCGUCAGGGCUAGGAUUUUUAUUACUUCAUCGCAAUGCUUCUGUGCCAUCCUUCGCCGACCUCUUCCACACUGGUGGAGCGAGAGAGCAAUCGACGGACGAGAGCGAGGCUGGACCCUCCCCCAGUGCUUCGUCUGGCUUUCUUUCGCGCAUCGGUUCGACAAGGCAAUUAAGGAGGAGCAAGAAUGCCUCAGUCGCAGAGGCGGAAUCGUCGGCCUCUGCCAACUUGAGCGGAUAUGAGAGCAAGGAUGACGCUCGUUCGCGCAGCCAGUCGAUCAGCUUGAUCACGUCCAAGCUCAUGCGGUCCAAGGACCACACGCAAGUACCACCCAUGCCGCGCAAGGGAGGCAAAUUGACCAGAAGCGCUGCACCGCCGUCUGCCUGGCGCACAGACGCUGCAGCUGUGACAGUAGGAGCAUCAGUUACUGGAGACGUGUCGUCGUCUGCCUACAGCUCAGAGAACGAACCCAGCAUUGGUCCGGGCUCCUCGUGUGAUCAUGCCCUAGAGUCGGGCGGCGGUCCCGCAUUCACCUCCCGGCAUGUCAAGAAUGUGAGCAUUGGCGAUAUGGUCACAACAACAGCGGCACACCCAAGCCUUGUACCAGCUUCGUCUCUGUUCCCACCCAGUGCUGGAGCUGGCAGUCUCGACAUGUCAUCCAGCAUCUCGUCCUACUCGACAAGAUCGGCUGCAUCACCAGCCGCACUCACUCCACCACGACUGCAUCUGGAUCGAGCCAACUCGUCGCUCGACUCGCCCCACGUGUCUGGCCUUCCUUUACCUCUACCCUUGCCUCCAUCCAAUCCAGCCUCGCCGGGGGGGACCAUCUUUACGACGCAGUUGCUGAAACGCAUCGGUCCUCCCCCGCUCGGUUUGGCUGCAGAGUUGUUUGAGGAUCGUGUCAUGCUUAUCAGGAACUAUGUUCUUAAUCAGCUGCCCUUACCUCUUACGCCGAACGGCGAUGCGAAUGAGGACGACCUUGAUGGAUAUGCUGCAUUCAGCAGCCGGAGUCAGAGUUUCAGGGGUUAUCAUUUGCAUCGGUCGAGUCUGCCACCUCCACCACGGCAUGGGAGCACAUACAACAGCAGCAGCACUGCGUCAGCCUCUGGAUCCCACUUGACGACACUCCAAGACGAAUUUGACAAACUUGAGUGUUUGGCCGAGCAGGAACUGAGCAAGCUUGCUCAUCCUCCCUCGCCGCAGCAGCAAAGGGACGGCAAUGAUAGGGAGGAAGCUUCGUUCAGCUCCAAAUCCGGUCUCUCUGCAACAACCCUCACUUACCGCCCGCUCACCAUUCGGCCCGUGCCUUACACUACCAGACCCCCUUCGAGCAACGACACGCACAGCACCAACAGCAGCAGCCACUGCAGCCACACGACGCACCGGAGCACGCUCUCGUCUUCCUCGUCUGCGGCGAUCCGAUCUCCGCUGCUGUUCGGUCACGAUCUGACGCGGACCGUCGUUGCGGUGGGCGGUAUCGCGGUGGAUCGAGUGAUGGAGGGUGCGGAAGGGGAGCGAGGGAAAGGUGGGCGGGAUUCUCAGGACACCCAGCUGACGGACAGCGAUUGUUACGUCGAAGAAGGGGCGGUGGUGGAGGUUGAUGGAUGGGUGGAGGUAAAGGGCAAAGGGAAGGGGAAGGGGAGGAUGGUGGAGUGGUGA